AUUUAACAGUAUCUUGAUCUGAUCCCUCGUGCGUAUUGCAGGAUCUGUAAGGCCUGCCUACGCCCGAGAUUUGCCGCCACAAGGUUACAUCCAAACAUCAGCCACAUUCUAGAGAAUUCCUAACAAUGUUAGCACGACACUAUCACACCCUGCUACCUAUCUCAUUACCCUUCAUCGUCGCCAAACAAAACGGCAUCGGUCCAUGACUGGCAUCUUGUACCUAUAAUAUCGCUAUUAGUUCGAUCGUGUUAAGGCUAACAUGCCUUCUGGCAAGAGUCGCUUGAAGGAGUUCAAGGAGAUAGCUAAAAGACUGGUUGCCAGACCCCGCACCCCUGCCGCUCAGACUCCUGGUCAAUCAGCUGAACCGUCUGGAGCAAUCGGGCAACUACGAGAACCGUUAAUCGACAACGACCCAUCGAUCGAAGACCCGGUAUUGGGUACAGGAGCCCACCCAACGAUUAGCGACACCGAGCCUGAAAUAGACGUUAAAGUGACGAACGGUGUUGGCGAUGACAGGAGUCCAAUAUGGUGCCGAUCGAUGCAGCGCUUUGCUAAAGAGCGUCCCGAUCUCUACGAAAUAAUGAAAGACCGUAUUGCGCUAUUCGGGAAAUUACAAUCUAUCGACGACUGGGAGACUUGGUUAAACAAUUGUAGGAACUUCCCAGACCACAAACGGUUUCGUCAGGUCAAAGCGUACCUUCCGUCAUUCAAGGCAGUAAGAAGUAUUGCGACGACUCUAAGCAAUCUAGAUCCACACGGAAUCGCGCGUUUGAUCAUCCCUGGAGUCUUUCUUGCCGUCGAGCUCUGCCUUGAAACAGUCAACCCGGAGACCCGCGAUCAAGCCAUGAGCAUGAUGUUAAAAGUGAAAGUACUCAUUGACAAGUGGAUCGAUGGUGAAGCUGAUCUAGAAGGGCUAAGCAGACAAUUCUCUAAAGGCGAUCAGAACUUGGAGAAGAUAAGGGAGAUAGAAAAAAAGCUCGGCUACUUGUAUUUUGAUUGUCUUCGGCUGAUUUCAGAAAUUUAUAAGUGCGGGAUGACUAGAUGUGGUCGUGCUGGAGCAACACUCGUCUCUGGCUCUUUGGAGUGGAAUUUAGCGUAUCAAAACCUGGAUCGUACGAACACACAAUGCAGCGAUUGGAAGAAUCAAGCAGAGUUAGCAGUAAAGAGAAAUGAUGCCAACAAGGCAAUUCUCGAUGAAAUCAGGGAUCGAAGCAAGGAUCUCGAACCUGAACACCAAUUCAUAAAAGAAAAAGUAGGGAUUCAUGCUAGUUCAUCGACAGCUGGCGACUGGUUUCUGAAAACAAAAGAAUUCAAUUCGUGGUUAGGCGCAAUCAGCCACGGGGAGGCAACAAACCGGGCUUUCUGGCUCAAGGGAUCAAUGGGAACAGGGAAGACGACAUUGAUGUGCCGGAUCCUCUCGCACUUCGAGGAGCGACCGAUUUCCGGUGUCAAAUUUGUGCCUUAUUACUGCUACGCUAGCGGAAUCAGCCAGGAAUCGACCGGCCCUACCCACGAGACCAUUAUUCGAGCCCUGUGCCGUCGUUUAGCGUGGAAUAGUGAUGGUAGCGUGGCCGAUCCCGCCAAAGAUCUCUUCCAAAACAGAAAUCAUGUAGAUACAUCCUUUACUGUACUUUCGACUUGGGAGCCGCUCCUUAAAACUCUGAUUGCGUCCAGUAAAGUCAAAAUCGUAUUGGUUCUUGACGCGCUUGACGAAUGCAAGGAGUGCGAUACCUUCCUGAGGUUCAUAGAGGGUCUAUCAAUGCCACCAAACGGCCCCUAUUUUAUUAUAUCAUCACGUCCUCACGUCGAAGUUAAGAAGUAUUCGAAGGACGCCAUCGAAUUUAACCCUGUCAAUCCAGAUGCGGACCAAGACAUGAAAGACUUCAUCAGAGAGCAGAUAGAGUCAAAAAACAACAGCACUUGGGGAAACAGUAUAUUCUUUGGCUCCGGCGGCAGCGUGUACCGCAACCGGUUGGAAGAAGCAUUACAUAAAACCGCUGAUGGAAUGUUUCGCUGGGUAGAGAUUUGGCUAGGAAUAUUCUUCCCAGUUAACCAGAAGCCCAUACGACAGCCAGGAUAUGCUCAGAAAUUAUUAGCCGAACUAGAAAACCCCAAGACACUAACCGAAUUGGCUAAACGCCAAGGUAUUGAUAAUAACAACCUUGCCGAUACCUCAAAAUAUCGCCUAGGAGAAGCAUACAGGACCCUUUGGAACAUCGCCGGGGGCGAGCAAUACGGGGACCUUCAGACCAGCGUCUUUCAAAUUGUGCUUGGCGCCUUUCGUGCCCUAACUCCGAGUGAACUUCUGGAGGCUGUCUGUCUCGCCAAUCCCGAUGCUUCCUUUGAGCUCGACGAACUCAAAGGUGUCUACUGCAAUUUUCUUAAAGUGAAUAAUAGCGGCGGUCUAGACUUUGAACACCUCUCAGCUAGGAUAUUCGUGUCCGAGCUGAAGAAGGAAGGCUCUGUUGAUCUAAUGUUUUGUGAGCGCGAAUGUCGCCACAUGCUAACAGAUAUUGUCAUAAAGGCUAUCGAAAAACAUAAGCAUCCUAUAUGGAGUUGUCACCAAAUCGAUCUAAUCGAUUGGGGCUCAUGUGCGAGGGGAAUGUUACGAUCGAAAUACGUGGAAGAUCCCGUCAAAGUCGGAUGGCGUCGCAUGGUAGCCACCGGGCUUGAUUCCGCGCACUUUGGUCAAUAUGUUCUUGACAUGUGGACCUUACACUGCAGUAUUGGCCAAAUUCAAGGUCCAUCAAUGGAAAGAUUCAUCAGCCUUUGCCAAAACGCAGAGCCUAGCCUGGAAGGCUUAUUACUCACUACAACGUGUCGCGAGACGAAAUCAUGGUUCCGAAGAGCGAAUUUCGUAGACAACGCAGUACUUCCAUUAUUUCGCCAAGACGGCAGAGAAAAUACGGUCUUUAGCCCCUUUCUCUUGAUGAUAUCCCUCGGUUUAUCCCCCUUCAUGCGAGGCCCUGAGUCUGUACCAACUCUUUUACCGGGUUUUGACAUCGAUGAUAUUACAAUUUCCAACUACAAGGGUCUUACAGCAUUACAUAUUGCCUGCCAAGCAAAACAUACCAAGAUCAUAAAGGACCUUCUUGAGCUUAUGUGGGCUAUGUGGGCUCAAACUAUAAAAGGCUUCUGUGCUCACAUUCUAGAGCUAAGAGACCACAAGGGGAAACACCCCAUGCAUUACGCAUGCACUGACGAUCUCGUCAAGCUUUUCUUGGAGUAUGAGUUUAAAGGAAAGCCGAAUCAAACCCUCGAGAAUGGCCGCCUCGUCAGCAGCUUUCUUUAUAGCAAAGAUAAGCGAAACACUAAUAUCAUUGCUGACGUGGUUGAAGGUUGCAGCGAUGAUUUCUUAGAGCGGAUGUUCGCACGAUACACACCAGGGCGAAUUCGUUCGUUAGACCGAGGACUUUGGCCGGCAUUUCGACUUCGUAAAGAGAAGACUAUUCAUUCUCUUCAGAAACAGGGUGCAGAUGUGGAAUAUGCAAUGUUAGAACUUUCCAUGGAGCGUUAUAUCGAAGUCGAAAACUUGCCGUCAUUGGAAUAUAUGUAUGACAAGCUAGCCGAAUACGAUUUCUGGCCACUGUUUCGGCAGUUUGCACUUUCAUUGGCAGCAGGGCAAGGCAGUAUCCCCGUCGCCCAACUUCUUCUGAACAGGGGUGCAAUAAUUGACGCCUGCGGAGACGUAUAUGACACUGCCCUCACAGAAGCAGCAGCUUUUGGCCGAAUCGACAUGGUAACGUUUCUACUUGAUCAAGGAGCGGAGAUUAACGCCAUUGGAUGCGAUCUCGGGAACGUGCUUGCUGUAGCAGCAUACCAGGGUUAUUAUAAGAUGGUACAGGUUCUUCUUGAUCGUCAAGCAGAUAUUAACGCGACCGGAGGCAGGUAUGGAAACGCGCUUGCGGCAGCAGUAGUUAGUGAUGAAACUCGGAUAGCAGAGCUUCUUCUUGAUCGUGGAGCAGAUAUCAAUGCUAACAGUGGAAAACUUGGAAGGCCGUUAGGGGCGUGUUUGAAAGGCUUAACAGGGUUCCACGGGGCAGAAAUGAUGAAAUUACUUCUAUCUAAGGGCGCAGAUAUCGAUUAUCUGAAAGAAGAAGAUCAAGAGGAAGUUAGAUACAUACUAUACCAGCAACCUCUCUAACACAAUACAGACUAGCCGACUGGUAGUUUUGGCAACUCAGGUAUGACAACGUUCCGAGGGAUGUUGUCGGCAUGUUCAGGGUAUUUUCAAAGAUACCAGCAGGCCACGACCAGAGGGGCGCGAGUAGUAUCGCUAUAAGUUCAAGUGAGGCAGACGGAGAUGAGGAAUCAUAUAUAUUUUCAUAUGCUCAUCACAGAAAGCGACCAUACAGAACCGAUCAGGCACCUCCCCGUUAAAUGGUACAAAUUCACACCCCAAGUGAGUGAUCCAGUCUGCGACAAAGACUAGCUCGAGAAGCGCGAAGGCAUUAUCUACAUGACUGUCACACGGUCAAGUCUGCCAAGACUCCAGGGCCGAACAUAACCGAUACUACCCCU